GUGAUCCAAAUUUGAUUUGACUUUUUCUUUAGGACAACCCAUAUUGCAUAUUUCAUCCAAUCCAGAUCACCCUGACCCUGUUCUGCUGUAUUAUGGGUGGGGUGCAGUGGGAAAGCCCUUUCAUCAGGAGAGUCGAGGUGACUGUCUCUUUAAGAAACAGUCCAAUGCCUGUAUUAUUCCUCCGUGUACCUUCUGCUGCUCCAUCACCAGACGAUGCAUCCCAGCAACUUCUAACAGCACUCAACCUGCAGCACAGAUGGUACACACUGGAAAGCAAAGGUUAGCUUUGUAGACAGCUAAUGGAUCCAGUGUGACUGUUAUAAUAGCAUCCUGCCCAGCUGGCCUGUCAUACUCUGUAACUAUGGCGACCUGUCCAAGAGGCUGCACCCCAGCGGUGCGCCUUUGUCAGAAACUGAACCGACUAAAGACACUAGAUGACGACAUGAUGGCCACGUCGCUAAAACGCUGCCUCUCCACCCUGGACCUGACUCUGCUGGGGGUGGGAGGCAUGGUGGGCUCAGGGCUGUACGUCCUGACAGGAACAGUGGCCAAAGAAAUGGUCGGGCCUGCCGUCAUCAUAUCAUUCCUUUUCGCAGGGAUCGCAUCUCUACUUGCAGCCUUUUGUUACGCAGAGUUUGGCGCACGCAUUCCCAAAACAGGAUCUGCCUACAUGUUUACUUAUGUCUCUGUGGGAGAGAUCUGGGCCUUUCUCAUUGGCUGGAAUGUGAUCCUGGAAAACAUGAUUGGUGGCGCUGCUGUGGCUCGCGCUUGGAGCGGCUACCUGGACUCCAUUUUUAACCAUACCAUCCAGAACUUUACAGAGACACAUAUCAUGCAGUGGAAUGUGCCCUUUCUCGCCCACUACCCUGACUUACUUGCAGCAGGGAUCCUUAUAGUUGCCUCAUUCUUCAUUUCCUUUGGAGUUCAAGUGUCCUCCUACCUCAACCACAUCUUCUCCACUAUUAGCAUGGCAGUCAUUGUUUUCAUCCUAAUCUUUGGUUUUAUGCUGGCCGAACCAGUCAACUGGAGCCAGAAAGAAGGAGGUUUUGCACCUUUUGGUCUUUCUGGAAUACUUGCAGGCUCUGCCACAUGCUUCUACGCAUUUGUGGGCUUUGAUGUAAUUGCAUCUUCAAGCGAGGAAGCAAAGAACCCACAGAAAGCUGUUCCCAUCGCCACAGCUAUCUCCCUUGGACUGGCAACAGCAGCGUACAUCCUGGUCUCCACGGUGCUCACACUGAUCGUACCCUGGCAUACCCUGGACCCCAACUCUGCUCUGGCAGACGCUUUCUUCCGGCGGGGUUACAGCUGGGCUGGGAUAAUUGUGGCAGUUGGUUCCAUCUGCGCCAUGAACACUGUGCUGCUCUGCAAUCUCUUCUCCCUCCCUCGGAUUGUGUACGCCAUGGCUGAAGAUGGACUGUUCUUCAGCGUUUUUGCUCGCGUCAAUCCCGUCACUAAGGUCCCAGUCAUUGCAAUAUUGGUGUUUGGGUUCCUAAUGGCCUGCAUGGCUCUCAUCUUCGACCUGGAAGCUUUGGUUCAGUUCUUGUCCAUUGGCACCCUCCUGGCGUACACCUUUGUGGCAGCGAGCAUCAUCGUGCUGCGCUUCCAGCCUGAGAGACCCAGCGACAAGGGAACAGCUUCAACGUCUCCCAACCCGAAUGCUUUUCCGUCCCCUGCACCAUCAGAGUCUCAGACCAUAGCGGAGGACAGCGGUGAGCUGAAGCAGUACGAGUCAUUCUCUGACAAACUCCAGCUGGUGGAGAGGCAGAAAACCAGAGAGCGGCGAGGUGUGGGGCAGUUGAAGGCAUACUGGGAGCCAUACCUUGACAAGCUGCUGGGGGACUGUGAGCCAGGCGAGGUGGUGGCCUUCUGUGUGCUGACGCUGAUAGUCACCUCAGUGUCCUUCUGUGUGGUGCUAGAAUUUGGAGAAAAACAGCUGCAACUGCCACUCUGGAGUUACACAAUGCUGCUGGUGAUUUUCAGUUUAGCUUUUAUUGUGAGUUUGGCACUCAUAUGGGUCCAUGAGCCACAAGCCAACACCAAAACAUUCCAGGUUCCUUUGGUUCCAUUGACUCCAGGUGUCAGUAUCAUAUUCAAUGUAUUCCUGAUGAUGAAGCUCAGCCUUCUGACCUGGAUUCGAUUCACAGUGUGGAUUGCUAUAGGUCUCUUUGUGUAUUUUGGCUAUGGAAUCUGGCACAGUAAGGAGGGCUUGCGGGCCCUGCAGCCCAAAGACAUGGCUGCUCGAUAUGUGGUGCUACCCAGCGGCAGCCUGGUAGAGACAGUGCAGCCUGUCCAGCCUGAGGGACAGGUGGACUCCUCACCGCACCCCACCAGCCCCCCCACUGCCCCACCAGCUGAGGACUACACUGGAAAGAGAUGAUGUGUGACCAAACAAAGUCAUUACUACUGCCUGGUAUCAUCUGAUGUCUCACACGCAUACGCUGUACUAUAACUACUGUACUCUCUGUAUCUCACUCCCUUUAGCCUGUGACCGGCCUGCCAGCCUGUCUGUUUUAUUUCUCUGUGGAUAAUAGCACACCACAGGAUGGGAUGCACGCUCUCUGUCUCUUUGUGAAGCAUAUUUGUAUAUCUUGUGAUAUUCGAAUGUACAGUAGAGAGCUUUAUUACUGUCCUGUGAGCUCCUAGCAUCAAAGUUGUGUUAUAUCCUUAGAGACCAGCUCUUUUCUCUGCAACUUUGUAAGUUUCUCCAGGAACCAUUUGGUUUUUCUUUGUAACAAACUGCUUUAAGUUCAGGAGACUCAGUUGAGGCUUUUUUAAAUAUUACAGACAGAUCUGAGGCUGGAAAAUCAACAUCCACCUAUUUUGUUAUUAACAACAUGUAAGAAAACCCACUGCAUCAUACUGAGCAUACUAAGCAUGUGUUUUUAGUUACACUAAGGGAUGCACAGACUUUUUUGAGUUUUCAUUUUUGCCUUCUUUGCAGUUUUUUCUCCCUUAUUAGAAUGGUCACUACCAAAUUAUUUAAUCCCAUAUUCUAAGAUACCUAUUUAUUUUUCUAUUCAUUCUGUGUUGCUUUUCUACUGAUCACAUAAGUGUUUUUUUCUGAGUUUCCGGCUGCUGCCACUGACGUUUUUUUGUGUUUCGCAGUAUCUGUGUCGUAUAUAUUAUUGCACUGACCUCCAUUAGUUCCUAUCAGUAAUUUAUGUUCACCUUUGUAAGUGUCUGAACAUCGCUGCAGUGCUUCACCUAAUCUCCUUAAUCUCAUCCUGUGACCCCUUUCUUUUGUGUCACUUAUUCUGCAGUGUUUUCCCACGCUCAUUGAGACACCAGCGCUUUUUUCGUGUUGGAAUGAGAUUGAAAAUUAAAGCACAUAGAUUAUUUAGCUUCGCUAAUUUCUAGUGAUUACCUGAGAAAAAAAAAAGAUUAUCAGAUAUAAAGCAAGCACAAAGCUUUUAAAUUGGAAUUUUACACACAGGGUAUACUAUAUUGGCAGGCUAGACCUUAGUUGUCAUGAUAAACCAGGGAUGUGCUUCAUCUCUGUGAGACCUCUGUAAUCCUGCAGAUUUGCAGCAGUCCCUGUCGCCAGUCAGCAGCCUGACCUAGAUUAGAGAACAGCACACAUGUUCAGAUAACAUUCCUGCAGUCUACAUUUAUAUGAACAGCUUCAAAGAGUGGAACUGAUGUUUGAUUUAUUGCAUAUGUAAAAGUAUCAAAAAAGACAGAGAUGAAUUUUUUCUUUUAUUCAUUUGAGUUUGUGUUUGCAUGUGUUACAUAAAAACCAAUGGCCUUAAAAGUGUUGUGAUAGGUGCAGACUGAAUCCCAAAGUUAAAAAGUCCAAGUGAUAAGUUUUUUUUAUUUAUUCCUCUGCAAGAUUCUUACUCUUACACAGGACUUCAAGCUUUCAGGAUGUCAAACCAAAACACAAACAUGGAGGGAAACGUGCAGUAGGAGGCAUUGUCGUUUAAAAUGGAGUCAGAUUUCAGAGGAUUUGUCGACUUUGCACACUGAAAACUAUUGUCUAGUUAUUUUGUGUCACAGGUAUGCUUUUGAUGUCAAGGCAAGUUACAGAUCUUAAUACUGCGGUGCUUUUUUUUAAGCUGAACGUUCGCUCACCUCUUUCUCUUCUCUCUUUGUGUGCCAGGUAGCACAGUUAUAAAGAUAUCUUUUCUUACUUCUGAAUAUUACUGUACUCUGUACUUGCACAUUGAGUUAUCAAAUAUCUCUGUUAUGUUGUAUGUCUGUAUAAAAAGCAAAAUAUGUGUUACAUAUAAAAUAAAUGUUUUGAAGCAGCAUUUACAAAAA